AUGGCAUCUGAUGAGGUUGAAACUCCGACAUCUCGGCCUAGUCCACGGAACGAGACGCCUAAGCCGGACGCCGCUCCAAGCAACAUUGAAGAAGGCGCCGAAGUGUAUCGCACGGGUGGAUUCCACCCAGUCUAUAUCGGCGACGUGUAUGCGGGCAAGUACAAAAUCUUGAACAAAAUUGGAUUCGGGGUGUACUCGACCGUCUGGCUGGUCCGAGACGUGACAAAAUCGGACAAUGAUGAGCGCAGAUUCCGGGCUCUGAAGGUGCUGAGUGCCGAGUCGUAUGGAGGAGACCGGCCCAUAUUUGAGAGAGAGAUCCUUGCGCAUCUUCGUGACGGAGACAAGGGAGAUGCCGGCUACGCCUAUGUUUGCCACCUCGUCGAUGAUUUUGAACACUACGGCCCCAAUGGAACCCAUGUUUGCCUUGUGUUUGAGCUCAUGGGAGAAACGCUGCGGAGCUUUGGUGCGUGGUUCAAGGAGGACAGGCUGCCGUACCCGGUAAUGCGCAGAUUCGCCAUCCAACUCGUCUUGGCCGUCCAUUUUGCACAUAAUCACAAUGUCAUCCACACAGAUAUCCAGCCGAGCAAUAUUUUUGUCAGGUUCCGAGACACGUCUCUCAUUGAGUCACGAUACCUCGUCAACGUUCCCACCCCUCAACAAGACAAAACCGAAGAGAGAUACUCUCCAGUUCCCUCUCAACCUCUUCGUGGCUACUACUUUGGCGAGGCAGACUCGAGGAGGGUCGCCAAGUUUGAUAUUGUCCUAGGCGACUGGGGGGUGGCGAGCUGGACCACACAGCACCUCACCGAACAUAUCCAGCCUGUCGCUCUUCGCGCCCCAGAAGUCUUGAUUCGAGCACCCUGGCAUAUGCCCGCGGACUGGUGGAACCUGGGCGCACUGCUUUUGGAGCUCUAUCGCGCGGUGCGCAUGUUUGACGGCAGAGUCCCACCGGACGGCCAUUACGAACUGAAGAGGCACCUAGCCGAGAUUGCCCAUUUUUUUGGCUCCUUUCCAAAAGAGUUGCUAGCACGCGGGAACCCAGAUCUUGUCCAGAGCAUCUUUGACGACGAAGGGAUGCCCAAGGAAUUCAAACCCAUCGACCGGCCGCCCCUGGAGUCGGAAGCGUUCAUGCCAGGACUCAACGAGGAGGAUCGGAACGAGUUUGGAUCGUUUCUCAGGACUAUGAUGAAGGUCGACCCGGCGGACCGGCCCUCGGCAGAGGAUCUGUUGAGGCAUCCUUGGUUGCAUGCUAUGAAAUAA